AUCAUCGAUCAAGCUACCGGCUCUCAACAGAACUCGAACAUGCUGUCGGUUGUGCAAGUGAUACCCUCGAGGUUGCCCGAUGGACAAGUCGUUUUCCUGCUUCCUAGUCAUUACGUGCAACUAGCCGCGGCCGCCGCUGCGAACGGGAUCAGCAUCGGCCCCAACCCGCCCACCGCGAUCUGGGCAGCCACUAACAUGUCCCUGCUCAAAGCUACGGACAAAUUCGCGAAAAGGAGCCACGAGGACAUGCAGGAGUGGCAGGACGCGGCUUCCGUUGCCGCCAACGCCGCUGCUGUCGCCGCCGCCACCGCCACCGCCACCGCCACCGCCACGUCC